UGACCCAAGAUGGCGCGCUCCAUGAGUUGUGACAAAUCUACGUUUCCCUCUACAAACUUCUAAUUUUCGAAGCAAUUAUCGCACUAAUAAAAAAAAUACAAAACUUAAGACAGGGGAAAAAAGGAGUCGCUAUAAAUCGCUGUUGAAAAGCUUUGAAAAUGGCAUUCUUUUCAAGCGUUCCUGUUGUGGAUGUGCACAGAGAAAACUUCAAGUCGCUUUGGCCGAGUCUGAUCUUGGCGAUCAAGUCGUGCAGUUUCGUUGCUAUGGACGCUGAGCUGAGUGGUUUGGGGAACCGGAAAAAUUUGUUGACCAGAUCCAUGGAGGAUCGUUACCAAUCCUUAGCAGGUGUGGCAAAGACAAGAUCAGUCUUGUCCCUGGGCAUCUCGUGCUUCAAAGUGAGGUCGCAGCCGGCAGGGGACCAGUCUGCGCUGGAGACCAAGGAUGCAGGGCUGCCCUUCCUCGCGCAGACCUUCAACAUCACGACCCUGUGCUCAGAAGAUUACACCGUGGAGCCAGGAUCUCUCAAGUUCCUGGUUGAUCAUGGCUUCGAUUUCAACAAGCAGUAUGCGUCUGGGGUGCCUUACCAUAGAGGCCAGGAUAAGGAAGAGACCGAAUCGGAGGACACGCAAACCCUGAGGACGCUCUUUAGUGAGCUGAUCAGGAGUUCCAAGCCCGUGGUCUUCCACAACGGCCUUGUGGAUCUGGUGUUCCUGUACCAGAACUUCUACGCCGAGCUCCCGGCCUCAUUCUCCCAGUUCAUCUCGGAUCUGUGUGAGAUCUUCCCAGGGGGCAUCUUCGACUCCAAGUACCUUGCGGAGUUUGAGGCCCGCAUGCAGGCGUCUUAUUUGGAGUAUGCCUUCAGAAGAAGCCAAAGGACUAAUGCCCGCUUAGCCAGCAGAGGGCAGCAGCAUGUUGCUGUAGAGUUCUGCAAGUAUCAGGAGGAUGCAUCCUUUGUGGGUUUUCAUCAUUGCGGUUUGCCGUCAUCGUUUACCGACCAAGGAGGAGCAGCUAGGGAAGGGGCAAAGCAGACGGCCGAGCUGUGUGGAAUCUAUGCUGCACAUGGACACUGCAAGAAUGGGAUCAGGUGCCCCAAGUCACAUGACCCGGACGCCAUCCAGGAUGCCGACGAGAGACGCGAGCAGAGACAGAGGAGGAAACGGAAACGGAGACGAAAGCGGCAUGAUGACUCCAACGAUGAAGGGUUCCCGAAUGCAAAAAAGGAAAAAGAGGAUGAUGAUGAUGACGAUGAUGGAGAUGAAGAUGGUAGUUGCCAUGGUGAUACAGAGAGGGAUGAAAAUGCAGAUGCUGCAGAGGACUUAAAGGAAGAAGAAUCAAGUGUCCAAGCAGAAGACACUACAUCCAAGCCUGUGAACGGAGAAAGUAGCGAAAAUAAGUCCUCCUUGACGCGACAGGAGGAAGCAAGCCCCCAGAAACUGCCAAAGCAGACUGGUGGCCACAGGGCCGGCUACGAUGCCUUCAUGACGGGUUUCAUCAUGGCCACUCUUGCCUCGACCACCAUGGGCCAACACAGCGGACCCUCCCAGCCAGCCAAGACGGAGGGAGGCCAGGAGUUUGUGGAGGCCUUCCGCCUGACAGAGUUCCGUAACCGACUGUUUCUGAGCGCCAAGGCAGUGCCGCUGUUGAUCGCCAAGAGCAAAUUUGCCAAGACCUCGCAGAACCACCGACAGAAGAUGAAAAGACUUGGGAUGACAGCUUCUUAGUUCCAUCAUUAUGAAACUCGGAAAUUAACAGUGAACAUGUUCAACUCUAACACACCCAGGUCCUUCAAAAGCCAUCAUUUUGGAAGAUAUUUUAGGGUUGAGAAAGCUACUUACAGCCAAGGCACGGUAACUUCUCAUGGGGUUUGAUGCUCCUGGAAAGUAAGGUAUAAAGGAAGAAUCCUUGCGGAGAAACAAAGUUAGGAUAAAAGUUUGUCAGAAUUCAAGAGUUCCUCUUCGUUGCCAUUUCCCCAGAGAAAACAAUUCAAGGGCCACUCUGGGAAAGUUUUUUGUCAAAUUAGAAAUAAAUUAUUUUCUAAUAAUAUAAACAUUUGUAAUACACAUCUGUUUUAUAUUAUUAAAAUUGCCCUAGGGCUGUCCAUUUUCGAAUAAUUUAGUAUUCGAUUACUCAAAACUGUGUUUGCCCGAAUAUUCGGAUAU